UUAUGGAUCUUCCAGACGAGCUGUGGCAGCGAGUGAUCCUUGGCGCCGUGGAGCGAUCGCGGUUGGAUUACAGGGAUGUGUGUUUGAUCUCGAUGGCGUGCCGGGCGUUGCGACGCGUGAGUGAAUUGGAUUGCAUUUGGAGGCUGCUUUGGGACCAGGAGCUGGGCAGCAGCAGUAGCAUGACAGAAGGAGAGACAGCGGUGGCGUGGAAGAGGCGAUUUGCAACAAGGUAUGGAAGGAUCAAACUCUCCAGACAGAACGAUUAUAACCGGCGUAUGCUGAGGAUCCAGAGCCAGAUCUUGCUGCUCCAGAGGGAGUCCAAGACUUUGGCACGAGAUUUUGUGCUUGAGAAGAGGAGAGUGGCAUUAGCAAGUAGAGAACUAAUCAGAGCAGACAAUGCAAGGCAAGCCUCGACUGCUCUUCAAAUCUGGCAACCGCAAGCGGUAAGAACUCGACACCAGCAAGUGAUACAGCAGCAGCAAUUGGUGGAUCCAGACAGUCACAGGCACAAUCUCGAAAUGGAGGUUAAAGUUUGCAGGGAACAAAUGCAGAGGCUGCAAAGGAAUCUUAACAGCAAUAGAACGAAGCUUGCAAGGGCCGAAGGAGAACUCCGCUCGUUAAAUUAUCAUCCAACCAAAGAGUGGGAAAAGAACAGAGGGUGUAAAACUUUAUAGCCUGUUCAUUCACUGAAUAAUCAUUCUGUAUCUACAUGUAUUUAUUUCAAACGAAAGCUUUGGUAUAUAUUGCCAAUGUUAAUGCAAUUAAAAUAAGAAA